UUUAGAGGAAAAUUUUACCUGUGUUCAAUCUUAUGACGUACAAAUUAAUAAUGAACUUCCUAUUUGAUAUAUCGAUCAACAGAUUUUAACAAGAAUGAUAAUAUUCAGAUAACAGGAAUGGCUUGUGAAGAACCUGAAAACACAUUAUUGGUGGCAGCAAUCGAUUUUGGAACAACUUACAGUGGAUAUGCUUUUUCAACUAGAGAUAGUUUCAAAAAAGAUAAACUAGAUAUUAAGGCCAAUCAAGUGUGGAAUGCAGGUUCCAAACAACUAUUGUCAUUGAAAACACCCACAUGUUUACUUUUGAAGAAGAACCAAGAAAUAGUAUCUUUUGGAUAUCAAGCAGAGAAUGACUAUGCUGCGGUGGUGACGGAUAAGACGGAAGAUGAUUAUUAUUUCUUUCAGCAGUUUAAGAUGAAGUUAUAUCGCUGUGAGAAUCUAACAUUAGAUACUCCAUUACUUGAUGUUCGUGGACAGUCAUUGCCAGCAGUUGUAGUUUUUGCUUCCUGUAUAAAGGCUCUACGUGACCACCUACAUAAGACACUUUCUGAUAAGGGAGUACAUGUGAACCAGGAUGAAAUUAAAUGGGUACUGACAGUACCUGCCAUAUGGUCUGACGGAGCAAAACAGUUCAUGAGAGAAAGUGCUAACAGGGCAGGUAUCAAAGAUGAUAAGCUUGUUAUAUCCUUGGAGCCGGAAGAUGCUUCUAUCUACUGCCAAUGUUUAUCCAUGGCGAGUCAACAAGGCUUUCAAGAAGGAUUUUCGAAGAUACAGAAGGGAACAAAAUAUAUGAUAGUUGAUUUAGGAGGCGGGACUGUGGAUAUUACUGCUCAUAAGAAGUUAGAGGAACACAAGAUGGUGGAGUUAUGUAAAGCUACAGGGGACGACUGUGGUGGUACAUCUGUAGAUAAAGAAUUCUUGCAAAUAUUCCAUGAUAUCGUUGGAAAAGAUGUUAUGAAUAGUUUGGCACGUGAAGAGGUAGAUUCGUAUCUUGAUCUAUGUAGAUCAUUUGAAGCAACAAAACGUAAUACACUUGAUGCUAGUAAUAUAAGGUCGAAAGUCACAAUUACUUUUCCAUUUGUUGCUAUUGACAAACUUUGUAAAUGUAAACGUGAUAAAGAAUUCGAAACUUUGCUUUUACAGUCUAAGUACUCUGACAAGAUCACAUUGAAGAAUGAUAAACUGGCAAUUGAUUUAGAAUUUAUGAAAUCUUUAUUCAGAAAGGUAAUCGAAAGAACUAUCAAAUUGAUAAGAAAUACAUUGUCCAAUGGUAAGGCACGUGACAUUUCUACAUUACUACUUGUUGGCGGAUUUUCCGAAUGUCACUUAGUUCAGGAGGCAAUUCGAAAGGCUUUCAGUGACAAAACGGUUAUUUCUCCUGAUGAUCCUGGACUGGCGGUACUUAAAGGUGCCGUUUUGUUUGGACACAUGCCAACUAUCAUCCACUCUAGAUUCACAAGAAGGACAUAUGGACGUCGUAUCAAACCUUUAUUCAACAACUCAUUUCAUGACCGAUCAAGACUUGUUGUUGAAGACGGCGAAGAAAGAUGCGAAGGUGUUUUCGAGCCUUUUAUGACUGCCAAUGAAUCCAUUCAAGUUGGUACUAAGGUAAAAGUCAGUUACCAUACCAUACGAAAAAGACAAGACAAAAUUAAUGUUGCAAUUUAUGUAACGGAAGAAGAAAAUAUCCCAAAGUACGUUGAUGAAAGAGGAUGUAAAAAGAUAGGCGAGUUUGUUAUUGAUAUUCCGAAUCCAACAGAAGACAGGCGCCAUGGAAUUGUCCAGUUUACAUUUGGAGAUACGGAAAUCAAGGCAAAGGCUGUCGAGACAGAAUCAAAAGCUGUUGUUAGAGCAAAGUUAAAUCUUCUUUAAGAUGCUUUUAAAGAUGAUGAUUCUAUUUUGUGUAAUAUUUUAGACAAUGUGAUUUUAAUGUUCCGUUACUUAAUUAUGAAUAUCGAUCUUGUUGCCGUAGAUACUUUCUUUGUGUCGUUGCAAAUAGCCUGAGAAAAGUAAACCAUUUAAAAAAAAAAUGCUUCUUAAUAUAAGAAAAUAAUUUAAAAGAGAUGUGUUAUGAUGGCUCAUGAGAAAACUUUGCACCAAAGACCAAAAUACAAAGAUAUAAACAACUAAGGUCACCUUACGGCAUUAAAAAAUAUGCGAAACCUAUAUCGAAUAGUAAGCGACAAAAUGCCCCGGCAUGACAAAAUAUGACCCAAUUCAAAGUAUGAAAUAGAUUUUGUUUUAAAUUGAAUUAUACUGACUAUACAUAUUCCAAUUCAAAGUUUGAAAUAGAUUAAAAAAAAGUAUGAAUUAUACUGACUAUACAUGUACAUGUUUAUUUCUAUUAGUUUACAGGAUUGUAGUAAUUCGGUACUGAAGUAAUGAUUCAAAGCUAACUUUGCGGAAGCACAACGAUUCCCAGCUCCGUGAUUUUAUAAUUAUUGUGCUACACAAUUUUGUGUCUUCAUUAUCGAGAAUCGAUAUUAAAUAUUUAACCCUAGACCAUUAACAAUUUCGUCUUAAAUGAUGUUUGCGUAAUAUUCAAAACUUGUUUGUCGUCGUGGACAAAUUGUAAGGCCAUAUUGGGCCGAUUCGUAUAUUACACGGAAGGUACCGACCAAUCACCAAUCUCUCUCUUUCAAAGGCAGACGUACCCAAUCCUCCGUGUGCCCAAACAGUUCUCCUCCGUUUUUAUGUUAAUAGAUUCUCAGACGUUUGGAAACAAGCUUCUGGAUAAAAACUCAUUUUCAGGUAUUAGAUUCCGUUUCUUUAAAAAAAAAUUGAAUUCAUCUUAUAGUAUGACCGAGACCUAUUGUCAGUUUCCCAGUCAAAACUUUUUGGUUUUAAAGUUAAUUUUGACUCGAAAUGUAAUGUGUCGUACGGGAUGGAAGAUUUCAUAUCUUAAGGGGUUAGCCAUUUAUUAUUUUUACCCUCUUCUUUGAACAAAAACAAAAUAAAGAAUAAACAGAGAUUGUUCAUUUAUAUUUUUUUUUACAAUAAAAAUGUAUACUUUU